AUGGAGAUUGUGGGACAGGCGGGAAGGAUUGCCUGCCGCUAUUGGCCGAGCAAACAGAAUUGCUUUGGUCUUCGCGAGGCGGAUCUGGGCAGCCGGGUUCAACACUACAACCGGCCGCCGGACGCAUGGCGGCCGGUCUACAGUAUUCAUCGUCGCUUUUUGUGGGCGAGUGCGCGAGAUUUUUUCGGGACAAAAGCGGCUUCCGGCGGCGGAUUCAGAAGCCUGCCCGAGCAUGGGGUGGCUUUUCGUUGUCUCUGGCCCAGCGUUGGCCUACAUUGGAUUUGCGACUUGCUGGUACUUCGCUCUCGACCCUCUUCGACGCCUCCGGUCUCUAUGUCCACACCCACAGUUGAGCACCAAGACGCCCCGGAAGCGGUCGAGGCUGUCCCGCUGCCCGAGUCGAGGCGGCUGUUCUUCGUGGACAACCUGCGGGUGUUCAUCAUCAUGUGCGUGUUGUCGCACCACGCAGGCAACCCUUACGCGAGCAACGAUUUCUGGUACUACAAGACCGACCCUUCGCAAAUCAGCGGGAUGGUCGCCCGGGUCAUCAUGCUCAACCCGAGCUUUACGAUGGCCAUCUUGUUGAUCUUCUCCGGCUACCUGGUGCCACCGUCGUACGACCGCCGCCCGUUUUGGAUUUACGUCCGCGAGAAGUUCAUCCGCUUGGGGAUCCCUUUAGUCAUCGGCGGAAUGAUCAUGCUGCCGUUGUUGCAGUACUACUCGUUCCACCAACACUGGGGCUACACCGGGUACGACUCCUUUUGGCAAUACUACUGGCAGGCGUGGCACGGCAUGGGCGAGAUGCCCGAGGGUUGGAACGGCCCCGGCUGGCCCGACCGCAACCUUUCGCACUUGUGGUACAUCGAGCACCUGCUGGUCUACGCCUUGUGCUAUGGCAUCUGGCGAAAGUUCUUCUGCAAACCAGGAGAGUCGAUUCGCACCCCCAAACCACCGCCGGGCAACUGGGCCAUCUUCGGCUUUGCCGUGUUCAUUUCGUUGAUCACGUUCGCCGUGCGGAUCUUCUGCCCUUACAACAAGGUUUACGCUCUGUUCGGGGUGCUGCAGAUUGAUAUGUCGCACUUCCCGCAGUGGUUGCCAUUCUUCUUCGUUGGGCUGGCCGCCUAUCGCUACGACUGGCUGAACCAACUCCCGGCCUCCACCGGUCGGCUAUGGCUCAGCGUGGCCGUCGGGUUGGCCGCGUUCAAUUUUGUGGUUCCGUUUUCCACCGAGUUCUGGAUUGCCGCCCACAGUGCGGGUUUCACGUUCCCCAACUUCUUCAAAAGCGUGUGGGAAUCGUUCUUCUGUGUGGGCGCGGCUGUGGGGCUGAUCUCGUUGUUCCACCAAAAGCUCAACUGGUCGACCAAACUACUCACCCUGCUCGCCGCCAGCGCGUACGCCGUACACGUGUUUCAUCCGCCGAUGAUCGUGGCCUGGCAGUUUAUUCUCGGGCAUGUGCAACUACCGACGUUCGUGAAGUUCGUCAUCGCCACGCUAGCAGGCAUCGUCACCUGCUUUGCUGUCGCCCACUUCAUUAUCCGCCGCCUGCCGUUUGCCAAACGGGUGCUGUAA